AUGCUGCCUGAGGCGGAGGCAGAGCUGCUGCUGCUGCUGGUUCAGCAGCAGCAGCAGCUCAGCUGGUCCAUGCUGCCUGAGGCGGAUAUGCUGCAAGAGUAUUUUGCUGCCGGCACCUUGUUGACAGCAGCAGCAGCAGCAGCAGCUUGCUGCAGCAAGCCUUCAGUCCUGUGGGUUGCGCGCAUGCGUUUAGAAACUGCAGCAGCAACAGCAGCAGCUGCGCAGCUGCUGGGGCUGAGGGCCGUGCGGCUGCAGCAGCAGCACUUUGGUGAGCGGCUACGCAGCAAAUGCCGAUGGGCAGCAGCAUCAGUUUUGUUAUUUUUUUCUCGUCUUCCUUGGAGUUUCAUCCGGUGCAUGCGUCGGUUGUUUGUGUUUUCUUUGGGGCUUUUAUGGCUGCUGCUGCUGCUGCAUGCAUUCCUAAACACGCCGAUGCUGAAGCGAAGCGGGGAGGCAGAGGUGAAGACUCCGCUGCAGUUGCUGCAGCAGCAGCUGCAGCAUCAGGAGGCAUGGGAAGGGCUGCAGCAGACCUGGCAAGAGUUGCUGCAGCUGCAGCAAGAGAUUGGGGUUCAGUUAAAAGGCAAAAGCUAUACAGAAAGUUUUCAGUGGUUGCUGCUGCAGCUGCAGCUAAGCUGGGAGGAACACCUGCGGACCAGCAGCAAACAAGCAGAUGAUCUGCUGCAGGCCCGCCAGCUAUUUGGCCUCUCUGAGGAUGCCUCAGCAGCAGCAAUAAAACAACGAUACAGACAACUAGCUAAACUGCAUCACCCCGACCGUGCAUCCCUCAAUUCAUGCAGCAGCAAAGGCAGCAGCAGCAGCAGCAGCAGUAGCAGCGGCAGUGACAGCGAGGCAGCCGGCUGUGCUUGCGUUGAGGGUACAGCAGGAGGGGGACAAACCCAGUGCGCUUCUCGCCAGGAGACGAUGCAGCAGAUUAAUUUGGCAUAUGAACUGCUGCUGCAGCAGGCAGCUGAGAGGUGA